UUUGCUUACACUGAGCGAGAGCGAGCCAGAGAGAGUGAGAUAAAAUGACGAGCGUGAGUGGGUGUGGUUCGGUGAGUCUGAUAACUAACCGCAGUACGUUCCUGGGAAGUGGACUUCAACACCGUGCCGUUUUCCUUAAACCAUGGUCGUCUUCUUCGCUUCAGUCUCGGUCCAUGGUUGUUGAAGCCAAAACCAAAACCAGCAGUGAAGACCGAAUCGCCCGCCAUUCUCGUAUCCGUAAGAAGGUUAAUGGUACGACAGAGAGGCCAAGGCUCUGUGUUUUCCGUUCAAACAAACAUCUUUAUGUUCAAGUGAUUGAUGAUACCAAGAUGCACACCUUAGCUUCAGCUUCCACUAAGCAGAAACCUAUCUCUGAAGAGUUUGACUACACCUCUGGACCAACCAUUGAGGUAGCAAAGAAAGUUGGGGAAGUGAUAGCAAAAUCUUGCUUGGAGAAAGGUAUCACAAAGGUAGCUUUUGACCGUGGUGGUUACCCUUACCAUGGACGUAUUGAGGCUCUUGCUGCUGCAGCACGUGAACACGGUCUUCAAAUCGAUGAAGCUAAUGGCAGUGCAAUGAUGGCUGAAAUCAUUAAAGGGCACCCAAAUCUGCUUCUUCGUUUAGGUGUCUUCUUUCCCAAGUAUUCUGUGAACAAGCAUAAGGGUAAGAGAACCAUCCCUCCAGAUGAUGAGCAUGGUGGUAGUGCUGAGUCUAGUAAUAACAAAAAAAACCGUGCUGCCAAUUUUAUGGAGAAUCUUGAGGCAAGGUUUCAGGGUGAUGGUGGUCAUGUAGUUAACUCAGUUCUCCAGAUAAUUAGGAUGUACACUAUUGAGGGAAACAAGUCCAAAAAUGAGGCGUAUCAUGAGGUCGUUGCACUUCUUCAGGGUCAUGUAGAUUUAAUCAUGGAGUUUGGCGAAUAUUUUAGUGAUAAAUUGUCUCAGCCUAAAUAUGCUUGAAUAUAAUGUGACAGAAAAGAGUAGAGCUUCUAACGAGAAGAGAGUGUUAUAGUUUUCUUUUGUAAGACAUUUGAGUUAAGUUUGAUUUCUUCAUCUAAAGAGAGAACAGAACAUCAUCAAAAUGCUAUAUUGAUAUUUCUUUGUUACCUCAGAAGAAUUUGGGU